AUGGGAGGAAAUCACACGCAGACUGAAUUCAUCCUCUUGGGAAUCACAGACAGUCCCUGUGUGCAGACCCCUCUUUUUGGGUUGUUUCUAUUGAUUUACAUCAUCACUUUGGUGGGGAACAUUGGGAUCAUGCUCUUGGUUUGGGUGGUUCCCAGCCUCCACACCCCCAUGUAUUUCUUCCUCACCCAUUUUUCAUUUGCUGACGUCUGCUAUUCCACAGCCAUCUCCCCCAAAAUGCUGGUAGACCUGUUAUCUGAGAAGAAAACCAUUUCUUUCACUGGUUGUGUGACACAGUUCCUCAGUUUUGCUUUCUUUGGCACUGCUGAGUGUCACCUCCUGGCUGUGAUGGCCUAUGACCGCCACGUUGCCAUCUGCAACCCCCUACGUUACGUGAUGGUCAUCUCCAGUGGUGUCUGCUGGCAGCUGGUGGCAUCAUCCUACCUCAUUGCUUUUCUCAGCACCAUCAUCUACACAAGCUGCAUGUUUGGAGGUUCCUUCUGUGGACCCAACCAGAUCAACCACUUCUUCUGUGACAUCAGUCCUGUGCUAAAGCUCGUCUGCUCCGACACCCACAGCAGUGAGAUGAUCAUCUUUGCCUUUGUCAUCAUAAAUGUGGUGGGCACGAGCGUGGUCAUUUUGCUCUCCUACAGCUCUAUCCUCUUCAGGGUCCUGAGGAUGCCCUCAGCACAGAGCAGGUCCAGAGCCUUCAACACCUGCACCUCCCACUUGAUGGUUGUUUCCUUAUUCUACGGGACAGUAUUUUUCAUGUACCUACAACCAGCAUCCAACCACAACAGCCUGGAUAAGGUGGUUUCCAUCUUCUACACCGUGGUCACCCCCAUGCUCAACCCCUUCAUCUACAGCCUGAGGAACAAGGAGGUGAAGGGUGCUCUGGGGAAGUGCAGGAGAAGGAUGUUAAACUGCUGUCAACACAAAAAAAGCUGGGUUAGCUAG